GUCCGCGAGCUCGAUGCUCUGUGUCAGUGCUGGUUCGACGAUUGGCGCAUAUUGUUCUGCUUUAGUGUUCCGAUUCAGCCCUGCGGUGUCAGGAGAAUCAGGUCUCAGUACCGUGUUCAGCUCUGGAGUGCUCGUGUAGAUAUUGCCCGUGCGUGCUUUUGCUGUGGUAUAACGACAAUUUCUAGAGGAAUUCAUUCUACCAAUCUCCAGCAAAAGACAAACUACAGCCUCAAACCGAAGCAAAACUCAAAGGUUUCAACAUGGAAGUAGAGAUGCUGGUGAUCAUCAAUCAACCCGUUGCCUGCUAAACUACGUGUUCCGUUCGUUUUUGGUUGGUAGAUUUAUUGUAUGCUCAUCAGACGAGAGCGUUCAGUAACGCUAGACCUCAGGUCCAGAGCAAAAACCCGAAGAAGUGAGCCCGCGACAUGCUAUCACCUGCCAAUCUGGAUGAAAUCAAGGAACGCAUUAGCAAAAAUGAAGAAAAAAUCAAUGUUCUGCAGGCAAUUAACAAUGUGCUGAAAGAGCGUCACGAAAUCGAGUCCAACUACAAGAAUCUAGCGCUCAAGUUCAAGGAGAUGCAGGAGGAGGAAGCGCUCCGUCGAGCGAAGGUAUGUAGUUUUGAUGAGGCGCGCAAGAAACAGCUGGCAGAGCUGCAGGCGAAGGGUGAAGCGCUCUGCCGAGAAAAGGCAAAGCUGCAGCAUCAGAUCGAGCAUGUCACCUGGCACCUGGAGGGAUGUCGCCGGCGUCGCCCCUGUUUGGCCCGUCUACCCGAGAACUGCCCACUGAAGGGGGAUGCGCCGAGCUGUCUGCCCCAUUCGCCCGAGAAGCUUAAAAUCAUGGCAAACAUGAAAAGCACCGCCGAUCAUCUGGUGCGAGGGAUCAUGGACCUGCGAAAGAAGAUUCAUAUCGUGCAGGAUAAGCUCGAGUAUGAAGUAGCGCGCAAGAAGGAGAUGGAAAAGAAACUGGCGGAGCUGCGGAAGGAGAUCUGCCGCCACAACAAGUGCAUGCAGCAGCAGCAGCAGCAGCAACCGCACCAGCAGCAUCACCAUCACCAGCAGCAGCAGCAGCCGCACGGCCACCACCACCACCAUCACCACCAUCACACGGUGCCGGUGGCGGGCGGUGGGCACGGUACCACCUCGCUGCCGCCGAUCGCGAAAAACUGCAUCGCCACCAAAUAGCAGCGGGUCAAUUCCGAAAGCGUUAAGCCCGAUCGCCACCAGUGUCCGCACGGGAAGUACAUCAAGCUGCCGAGGGCCACGUCUAACACGACCUCGUGAGGAGCCCGCGUGAGCCUCGCUCUCGUCCCGUUUUGAACAUUUGCAUGCGCUUGGUAGGAUGCUUAGCUUUUGCUGGCGAAUGCUGGUGGACUUUACUCCACUAGACAUCAACCAGGUGGCCCAGAGUUUACGCUUUUUGGAAUUGAAAAAAAUCAACAUACUAUUAGUUAUUUUAUUUCGUUGAACUGAUCCGGUACAGCCGUGUAGGUCGAAUCCCCCCGACAGGCAAUCUGUGGUUUUUCGGAAGUUUGGGAAUUUGUGGUACGUGGUCCGCGAUCUGCUGGCCACCGGUUUACCAGGGUUUUGUUGUUCAUAUUGCAGCUAGCAUAGAUUAGUUAAUAGAAAGAAGUUUGGUACACGCUUCCUUUUUAAUCCUUAUCGUCGUUAGCAGGACGCAAAGUUAAUAUUCCCAUGUUAAUCGCUGUAGUUAACGUUAGCAACAACACGAAAGUAUAUUAUACGUAUCCCUCGUAUGACUAAGCGUUAUUGUUUCGUGCUCCAAGUAAUAUAAUAGGGAUGUGGCACCGAUAUAAUUAAACCGUAUGAUGCAUUUAAUGCAAAAUCACUGCGCAGAGACGUCGGAUCUUGAGGUGAAGAACGCUUAGCUGGUUAUGAUCAAUCUUUUACGGCAGCGGGGAUAACGGAAGCAGAGCGAGGGAGAUACUACGCGGUAGGGACAAGGAGAGAUAGAGGGAGAUCAUAAUGAAGGGCUUUCUUUUGGUUUCCUUCAAGGUAACGUAGGCUCUUUUGAGAAGGUGAUGCUGAGAAGGUUGAAAACGAUCCUAGGGGAUGAGGAAAGAUAUUCUCCUUCGUUUGCUUCUGUUUUCUCCGCUCAUUUUGUAUCAUUACCUUGUUUAUCAUGUUAUUGCGUACUUGUUUUCAUUAUAAAGGAAUAAAGGAAGAAAGAAUAUUCUAUACGGUAAAUAGGAGAUGAUUUCAUGAUACUAAAAUAUUUCGGAGCUUACUUCGAGACAAUCAGGAACUUCGAAUAGGUCGCAUUGUUCGAUAAUCGAAUUCAAUCAAAUGCAAAACUCACACAGGGUCCACGUUCCGAUAAUGUGGGUAUUGUCUCAAUAUGUUGAAUCGAUUGGCUAAAUGAUACGCGAGUCUCAGUACCCCAACGUCCCUCCUUCGG